GGUUUUUAUCCCCUACCAUGGCUGACACUGAAGCCCAUGCCCAGCAGCAACCGAUAGACGACAAGGACAAGGAAAACGUUCAACGCAUGCAUUCCGUUAUUGUUACUGAACCGGCUUGGUCUGUCGAUGCUCCUUUCAAUCCCCACGAUGACGCCGACCUUUUCCAGGAAGCGCUAAUUCCUCCAGAGAACUUUAACAUGGUCUGUCAACACAUUUACCGCAGCUCGUUUCCCAAAAAGAAGCACUUUUUAUUCUUGAAAAAGUUGCAACUAAAAAGCGUCCUUACUCUCAUUCUUGAAGAGUAUCCUGAGCAGAAUAUGAAAUUUCUGGAAGAACAAGGCAUCAAAUUCUUACAGUUUGGAAUCGCCGGUAACAAGGAACCGUUUGUCCAGAUACCCGAAGAUAAAAUCAACGCUGCACUGGCAGCCAUGUUAGACAAACGAAAUCAUCCAAUGUUGAUUCACUGUAACAAGGGAAAGCACCGUACGGGAUGUCUCAUUGGAUGCCUUCGCAAACUGCAGAACUGGAGCCACACAUCCAUUUUUGAUGAAUAUAGACGUUUCUCUCAUCCGAAAUCUCGUUCAAUGGAUCAACAAUUCAUAGAGCUUUACGAUGCCAACCAAGUAUGGCCUCUGGUGGAUCGACGGUACCUCCCCAGUUGGCCCAUGCUAGGUGACCCGUUGAUAUAGACCUUUUCUCCUGUAUAUACAUAUAGUAUUUGACUCUUUCUUUUUCCCCUCACUUCCUUUAUGAUCCUAUCACUGCAUCCCCUCAUGUCUUUCUUCAAAGGAAAAAAAAAAAAAAAAAAAAAA